AUGAGAGGAGAAAACAAGCGAGGGAAAGUGGGAAGAGCUUGUGCUGGAUGUAGGAAGGCUCACCUUCGUUGUGAUAUGAAGAGACCUUGUGAACGUUGUCAAAAGAGAGGAUUGGAAUGUGUAGAGGCUCCCCUCACAAAACCACCAAAAGCAUCAACAACACCAAAAGCACCAAAAACACCAAAAUCACAAAAGAAGAGAAAAGAACCAAGUCCUGAAACAACACCUGAGGAAUCUAACUCUCCGAUCCCUGUUCCUACACCAACAGUAACAAGAGAGAAAAAGAAGAGACAAGUCCAAUCAUCAUCUACUGCUGCAGCAGGCACAUCAUCUACUACUAAUAACACAGCAACAUCAACAACAACAACAACACAAAAAAAAGAUGAUCCAAAUCAAGCCUGUCUUCAAGACAAAUAUGUGUAUAUUUUGGAUAAUUACCAAAAGGCAUUGAAUGAAAAGAUGAAUCAAUUUUAUUCACUUGUUUCACAAAAAGUCAGUUUGGAACCAAAAUCUAUCAAUUUAACGUAA